UCAUAAGUCUUGUAUUACAUUUGGUAUAGGUUUAUUAGCUAAGGAAGAUAGUGAAUCUUUUGAGUGGUUAUUUAGAACUUUUUUACAUUGUAUGGGGGAGUGUAUGCCAACAUAUUUGAUAACUGAUCAAGACCCUGCAAUGAAAAUUGCGAUUAAAAAUGUAUUUCCACACACAAUACACAAACUUUGCAUGUGGCACAUCAUGAGUAAAGUGACUGAUAAAGUUGGACCGGAAUUGAACAAAAAUGAAGAUUUUUUGAAAGAAUUAAAUGGGUGUGUGUGGAAUAUUGAUCAAGAAGAAGAUGAAUUUGAGGAAAAAUGGGAGGGAAUUAUGACCAAAUACAAUCUUCAAACAGAUAAAUGGUUUACUAGUAUAUUUAGUAUACGAGAUCAAUGGAUACCCGCAUAUUUUAGGGAUAUCCCAUUGGGGGGGAUUUUGAGAACUACAUCCCGAUCGGAAAGUGUUAAUAGUUUCUUCAACCAUUUUUCAAACCCGCACAUGACACUUGUUGAAUUUUAUAUGAGUUAUGAAAGUGCAAUGGAUGCACAGAGGUACAAACAAGAUAAGCUCAAUGCUGAAUCACUUCACACAAACCCACAAUAUAAAACACCAUUGCCGAUUGAAAAACAUGCCGGUGAAGUCUAUACUAGAAAAAUAUUUUUUAUUUUUCAAAAUGAAGUUUAUAAGUCUUGUUUCAAAACUUAUAUUCAAAGUAUUGAAAAGAUUGAAAGUGUGGAAAGUAUAACUGUUUUGGACUCAACGGUAAGUAAGAUGUACAAGGUGAAAUUUAUACUGGGAAGUUCGAUUGACGAGUUGAAGGUAGAUUGUGAUUGCAAGUUAUUUAAACGGAUAGGAAUAUUAUGUUCCCAUGCGAUUUGUGUUAUGAGUGCAAGACAAAUAACACAAAUACCACAGCAAUAUGUUUUAGAUCGUUGGACGAAGCUAGCAUUAAAGAAGCCUAUUUUUGAUUUGCAUGGGAAUCUGAUUGAAGAGAGCAAAAAGUGUAACAACGUGGGGAAGUUGUUGGGGGAAGUUUGGUGUGAAAUAUUCAAUUGUGUAGGUUUAGCUCAACGGAGUGAGAGUGAUUUACAAUCACUUUUACAAAACCUAAAAGAUAUUAGUAGAAAAUUGGAGGAAAGUGAUGAUGUGAGGGUGGACAUUACUAAAGAGCAACAAAUCGAAUUGUUAGUAGGCACAAGUUCAUCUUCGACAAUGGAAAUACAAAACCCAAUCCAAUCAAAGAACAAAGGAAAAAGGCAAAGAAUAAUUGGGGAAAAGGAACAAACUAUUGAGCAAAGCAAGAAGCCCAAAAGAAAGUGCAAAACUUGUGGUAAAUUUGAUUAUCAUGAUAGUCGAAAUUGCCCAUCAACAAAAGAUACCCCACUGAAGGAAAAUUGAUGCUGAAGAACAGAUAGAUGAAGAGAUUAUAUUAAGAUGAC